AUGAUAUCGCACGAGGUGAAUGGCGCGACGAGUGGGACGUUGAAUGAGCGCUUCAUCAAGUGCGCAGGCUGCCAUGUGAAUGUACCCAAGGACGAUAUGUUGGCACUGGGUAAGUGUACAGUGUGCAAUUAUUCGUACAGUGCCGUGGUGACGGAGGACGGCAGAGGAAUCGAGGUAGCGACUGUGGCUUUUGACGCCAAUGGAGCAGCGGAAGAGAAGAAACUGCAGCGGAAGCGAUGGGCGGUGCUCACCUCCAAGCGUGGACGCGUCUUUUAUCACAAUACAGAGACGGGAGAAGAUCGAUGGGAUAAACCCGUAGACCUGGAGGCUGAUGCAGCCGAAGAUGCUUUCGUGCCUUUUAAGAACGACGCAGUGAAGAAGGCGGUAUUGCGUGAACAAAUGAAGUUGGAGGCUACGAAGAUGGGCGUGCCGGUGGAAGUGGUGGCUGCUACGCAACAUCGAUUACAGCAUGAGGACGAGGACGAGGCCGAUGACCCCUUUGCCAACAUGAUGGUACGUGAGGAUAAAACCGGGAAGAAGAGCACUUCUAUUCGAGCUGAUAGUCCCAAGCAGAAAGUUAUAGUACCAUUACUUGUUGAAGAGGACAAAGAGGAACUGGUCAUGCAAGAGAAAGGACAAGUCGGUAACUCAUGCGCUGUAAUGUAA